AUGGCUCGCUGGGGUAUACUCCCGUUGAUAUGCGUUGCAUUCAUCUUCGUCGAAGCUCGCUUCCAUCAGAAACGUGAAACUAAAUCUCACGUCUGCGAUCCGGUGUACACCAACACGAACAAAAUACAAUGCUACUGCAUUAAGGACACUCGUAAACAGGAUUUGAUACGUAGCGCUGAAUGCUCAUUGACAGACGAGAUCCCUUCCGACGAUGAUAAUUGGAAUUCAUUUGAUGAAAUAGAAAGCGUCGGCAAACUGUCGUUCCGGAAUGCCAGAGCGAUCACAUUCAAAUAUAUCCCGACAAACGCGCUCAAACAUACCAAAGCUCUGUCUAAAUUGGAAUUGAAAUAUGGAAAUAUCGAAGUCGUAGAAUCCUUUGCGUUUGCGAAUCUGAGUCUUGUGAGAGAGAUCACUCUGUCGGAUAAUCAUAUAAAAGUUUUGAAACCUAACGCUUUCGCACAUCACAAGGAACUCGUGACUAUUGUUUUGGACAUGAAUGAAAUCGUUGAAAUCAAUCGAGAUGUUUUCGUCGAUUUGCCAGCUCUUGAGAAGAUUUAUCUGACUAGCAACAAAAUAACGACCAUCCACGAUAGAGCGUUCGUUCAUUUGGUCAAUUUGAGAGAUUUGCAAAUUGAUACGAACAUGUUGUUCAGUUUGAACAGCGAAACAUUUGCUGGAUUGAAAAAAUUGGAGAAAUUGGAUCUGAGCAGCAACAGUUUGGAAGUUAUCGGUGAUAAUACGUUUUUGCCGUUAAAGAACUUGCAAUCAUUAAAUUUGGACGGAAAUAAUAUUCAAAUGUUGGAUGAGAAAGCAUUCAAUGGUCUCGUUAAAUUACGCUCCUUAUCGCUAGCUCACAACAAACUGACGGAUAUAGAUAACGUAAAAAUAUUCAAAGAUUUAAAAUCAUUGACGCUGUUGAAUUUUAAAGGGAACCAAUUGAAAAUUCUCAAAUCGGAAGUGAUUUCGCCCAUUCUGCAUAACUUCUACAAUAAUAUAAGCAGUUUGAACGUGGAUGAUAACAACUUCCCGUGCGACUGCAGAAUUGAUUGGUUCGUUUCACUCAUGAACAAAACCGGGAGUCCACAUUUGAAGUUAUCAGUGGAGAACAUGAAGUGUACACCCAGCAACGAACUCAGAGAUAAAUGGAUCAAAGUGACAGAAAAUGAUAAAAAGGACGAAGAAGAUAAUCUACCACCGAGUGAGGAUUACGAAUAUUACGAUGAAAGUCAACUAAACGGGAAGCUUUUCUACACUGAUGUUAGAUUCCUUCUCAACUGUUCUGAUAAAAAUGCACCAAACAUCGUAACAUCAAGCCCACUGAGCACUUUAAUAAAACAAACAAAAGACACAAAGGAAUUGAAAGUAUCAACUGCCAUACCAGAAAUAACGACGACCAAAACCAAAUACACUGAAAUGGAAAGAGAUUCUGAACUUAAAGAACCAAAGGAAAAGCAAUCAGGCUAUACUACAAGCAGACUAGCAACGGUCUCAGCAAAACCAGUGGAGAAAAAUGAUAUUGAUAUUAAACAAGAUACGUCAAAGAACGGAAAUAAAUACGACGAUCGUGAAAUGGCGUCCGAUGAAGCUAAGCCGGAUAAAAUCAAAGCACAUAGCUUCAGAGAUCUCAAAGAUCAUGAUUAUAACGGCGCUAUUAAAAACAUGGCGUCGGUUUACUUGCUUCUCGCUAUAUUUAUUAAUUUCUUUUAA